AUAUUGGGUUGAAUUGUGUAAUUUUGAAGGUGAAUAUAAGGCAUGAAUGUCAAGGGAAAUGGGCGGUCAGCAAAGACUAUCUCAGAUGGCUUAGUGAAGUCGUUGGUUGAACUCAGUAACAGCUUAAUGAUUGGUUCUGGCACCCAGUCCCUCCCAGGUGAAGCGCACUCACUUUAUAGCAGGACGUCACCGACGCUUUCAGGUGCAGCGCAUUCUUUUUGUGCCAGGAAGUCGCUUUCUUUUUCAGGUGAAUCGCGCUCACAAUGUGGCCGGGUGUGGUCGCGGCUUACAGGUGAAGCGCUCUCAUUAUUUUGCAGAAUGUCGCCGGUUACAGGGGACAUCUGUUCAGAAUUUAGUAGAAUAAACUGUGGCUGGUGAUACAUGCACAAAGUGUGGCCCCAUUCUGCCAGAUGACCUUAUUUGCGCUUUGUUUCCUAAUGAAUCGUUAAUUCUUGUCUUCGCGGCUAUUAGGUGCCACCCGGUAAUACCGUAGGUGGUUAAUGUGCCACACUUACAGGUGAAGCACAUCCAUGUUAUGUUAGGGUAUCGUUACUUUAUUCAUUGAAUAGACAACAUGCAUGGCAGCGUUCUGGUGAGGUGCGCUCACUAUGUGGCAGGGUAGGUAGGCGUUACUGUCAGGUGUAGACCACUGGCUAGGUGGCAGGUCGCUGCCGCUGUCUCCUCCUUCAGGUGAAACGCGGGCGUUGUCGUGCUCUCUUUGUGCCCCGUGAACAGGAAGUACGGAGCAGGUUGCAAGGAGAUGUGCUGAUUUUAUGCCGCAGACCUGUGGAUAUUCUUCAUUAUAAAAAGAAGUUCUGCAAUGGCUCCAUCUUCAGUAAAGCUACAAGAACUAAUUCGUCUAAUACGUACAGCAAAGACCCAGGCAGAAGAACGUGCUAUUAUUCAAAAGGAGUGUGCUGACAUUCGCUCAUCUUUUCGAGAGGAAGAUCCAUCUUUCCGCUGUCGAAAUGUUGCUAAGCUACUAUACAUGCAUAUGUUAGGAUAUCCUGCACAUUUUGGCCAGAUGGAGUGCUUGAAACUUAUUGCAUCACCCCGAUUCAGUGACAAGCGUGUUGGCUACCUAGGGGCAAUGUUGCUGCUUGAUGAAAGGCAGGAUGCAAGCCUUUUGAUCACUAAUUCAAUUAAAAAUGAUAUGAACCACAAUAGUCAGUAUGUCCAGGGCCUUGCUCUGUGUACACUGGGCUGCAUGGGAUCCUCUGAGAUGUGCCGUGACCUUGCAACAGAGGUUGAGAGGCUGUUGAAGACAUCUAAUUCCUACAUUAAAAAGAAGGCUGCACUCUCAGCAGUACAUGUUGUGAGGAAGGUUCCAGAGUUGAUUGAACUCUAUAUCCCAGCUGCAGAGAGUUUGCUAGGAGGAAAGAAUCAUGGUGUACUUCACAGUGCAGUUGUGCUGAUAUCAGAAAUGUGCGUACGAAACCCAGAAGCAACGUGCAAAUUCAAAAAGGUAGUACCCGAGCUGGUUCAGAUCAUGAAAAAUUUAAUCAUGUCAGGUUACUCCCCUGAACAUAAUGUAGGUGGAAUCAGUGACCCGUUUUUACAGGUCCAGAUGCUGCACUUAAUGAGAAUUUUCACAAGUGAAUGA